AUUCUGUUCGAGAAAAAACAGACGAUUCAACAGAGACCGACAUUGUACUUCCCUGGCCAAACAUGUCCUAAAAUCAUACACACACGUUCCAAGCAGAGCGGAGACGAUCAUACAAAGCCCACAAAACAAUGGCAGAUCGAAUAAAAAAAGAAGAACUCAAAACCUACGCCUAUAUUUUGUUAUAUAUCGCUCUAUCUGCUGGCCAGAUCUUCUUCAACAAGUGGGUAUUGUCAUCGAAGGAAAUAAACUUUCCGUAUCCUCUUGGAUUAACUCUAUUACACAUGAUCUUCUCCUCUGUCUUAUGUUUUGUACUCACCAAAUUUUCCAAGAUAUUGAAAGUUGAGGAAGGGAUGACGACAGAUAUAUAUGUGAGAUCAGUCAUUCCAAUUGGUGCGACGUUUGCAGUUACUCUUUGGCUUGGGAACAGUGCUUAUCUCUACAUAUCUGUUUCAUUUGCGCAGAUGUUAAAAGCAGUUAUGCCAGUUGCUGUUUUCAUUCUUGGAGUAGCUGCAGGUCUUGAAGUAAUGAGCUACCGAAUGCUUCUGGUGAUGUCAGUGAUAAGUUUUGGAGUUCUUGUAGCUUCUUAUGGAGAAAUAGAUAUAAACUGGAUUGGGGUUAUUUACCAGAUGGGCGGUGUUGUGGCAGAAGCUUUGAGGCUUAUAUUCAUGGAAAUUCUAGUUAAGCGAAAGGGGCGCAAACUAAAUCCCAUAUCUAUUAUGUACUAUGUUAGUCCCUGCAGUGCUCUUUGCUUGUUCAUCCCAUGGUUAUUUCUGGAGAAGCCAAAGAUGGAUGCUCAGAAAUCAUGGAGUUUUCAACCUUUCAUGCUCACGCUUAACUCUCUUUGCACUUUUGCUCUAAAUGUGUCAGUUUUCGUUGUGAUCUCACAUACAAGUGCUUUGACCAUUCGUGUUGCUGGAGUUGUAAAGGACUGGGUGGUCGUAUUAUUAUCAGCACUUCUUUUUGCGGACACAAAACUAACUCUCAUUAAUAUUUGUGGUUAUGCUAUUGCCAUUGCUGGUGUUGCUUCAUAUAACAAUUUCAAGUUAAAAAAGGAAGCUACUCGAAGCAGCUAUGAUGGAAAUCAUCGAGAUGAGGAGUAUAUCCCAGUUGUUUCAGGCUCAACCUCUGACAAAUAGAGUUACUCGAGUAGCAGCUCCAAGUGCUAGUCCGAGGUAGGACCUGCAUCAUAAUUUUGCCAGAGGACAAGUAACUAUCUAUCUUCCUAGUCCUGUGCAGACAUUGGUUAGGUCUGUUUUCUUUCUGGAGGAGAGAUUUUUGCACUUCGUUGUUAUCCGAUGUCUGCUUGCUACAGAAGUCACGAUAUACUAACCAUCAAACUUCAUUAAUUUAUCACACUAAAUUUCCACGCAAUUUGUUGUGAAUUGCUAUCGGCGCUUCAGAUUUUUGGUGAUUGGAGGCGAAGGCAACAGAAGUUCUGAAUCUGUAAAUUUAGGGGGAGUCUACAGUCUUGUUCCUUCACAGAGAUAAGUUUUGUAUGAUAGUUGAAGUAGUAUACUAGGCAGUGCUUCUUUAUUUUUUUUUUGCUGUAAUGAUAUAUAGCCAACAUUAAUCUACUGUACAAUAUGAUUUACUUUGUAGUUAGGCCUUGUUAUGGUAUUUGAGAAGUCAUGCACUCAUGCCUUGCAUUUUCUGAUCUUUGUUUCAGCAAACAGGCAACUGCAUGUUGCAUCAAUUUAUGACUAUCUGAUAUUUUGAAUUAAUUAUUUUGUAUGAAAUUAUAUGCUCAAUAA